CAAUCUGAUAAACUAUACAAAUUAGAAAAAAAACUUACUUGUACUGCUUGUUACAAAGCAUACUAUGAAGCCCUUGACCCAGAAGAUCCUAGAAGCCAGGAAUAUUACAAUACAGGACUUG